UCCCCCGCCCCGCGCCGCGCGGCCGCCCGUCGCUUCGCAUAGGGCUGAAUGGUUGCAUUGGGCAGGGUGGCUCCAGGAUGUUAGGGACUGUGAAGAUGGAAGGGCAUGAGAGCAACGACUGGAACAGCUACUACGCGGACACACAGGAGGCCUACUCCUCCGUCCCGGUCAGCAACAUGAACUCAGGCCUGGGCUCUAUGAACUCCAUGAACACCUACAUGACCAUGAACACCAUGACCACAAGUGGCAACAUGACCCCAGCUUCGUUUAACAUGUCCUACGCGAACCCGGGCCUGGGUGCAGGCCUGAGCCCAGGCGCCGUGGCGGGCAUGCCGGGAGGCUCGGCGGGAGCCAUGAACAGCAUGACGGCGGCCGGCGUCACGGCCAUGGGGACGACGCUGAGCCCGAGCGGCAUGGGCGCCAUGGGCGCGCAGCCGGCGGCCUCCAUGAACGGCCUGGGUCCCUAUGCGGCCGCUAUGAACCCGUGCAUGAGCCCCAUGGCGUACGCGCCGUCGAACCUAGGCCGCAGCCGGGCAGGUGGCGGCGCGGACGCCAAGACUUUCAAGCGCAGUUACCCACAUGCCAAGCCGCCCUACUCAUACAUCUCGCUCAUCACCAUGGCCAUUCAGCAGGCACCCAGCAAGAUGCUCACGCUGAGCGAGAUCUACCAGUGGAUCAUGGAUCUCUUCCCCUAUUACCGGCAGAAUCAGCAGCGCUGGCAGAACUCCAUCCGCCACUCGCUCUCCUUCAAUGACUGCUUCGUCAAAGUGGCGCGCUCCCCGGACAAGCCGGGCAAGGGCUCCUACUGGACGCUGCACCCGGACUCUGGCAAUAUGUUCGAGAACGGCUGUUACUUGCGCCGCCAGAAGCGCUUCAAGUGCGAGAAGCAGCCGGGGGCCGGCGGUGGGGGCGGGGGCGGCAGCGCCAAAGGUGGGCCUGAGGGCCGCAAGGACCCCUCGAGCGCCAACCCCAGUGCGGAGUCGCCCCUUCAUCGGGGUGUACACGGUAAGGCCGGCCAGCUAGAGGGCGCGCCGGCCCCCGGGCCCGCGGCCAGCCCCCAGACUCUGGACCACAACGGGGCGACGGCGACAGGGGGCGCCUCGGAGCUGAAGACUCCGGCCUCCUCGGCUGCGCCUCCAAUCAGCUCCGGGCCUGGAGCGCUGGUAUCUGUGCCCCCGUCCCAUCCGGCGCAUGGCCUGGCACCCCACGAGUCCCAGCUGCACCUGAAAGGGGACCCCCACUACUCCUUCAACCAUCCCUUCUCCAUCAACAACCUCAUGUCCUCCUCGGAGCAGCAGCACAAGCUGGACUUCAAGGCAUACGAGCAGGCACUACAGUACUCGCCCUAUGGCGCCGCGUUGCCUGCCAGCCUGCCUCUUGGCAGCGCCUCGGUGGCCACCAGGAGCCCCAUCGAGCCCUCCGCGCUGGAGCCGGCCUACUACCAAGGUGUGUAUUCCAGACCGGUCCUAAACACUUCCUAG